CUCAUUCGGCCGCGCGCCGCCUUGGCGUUCGUAUCGCGCGCUCGCGUCACGAUGGAUUGUGUUCUGUGUGACAUGUGCUUCUGAUUUGGUGUAUUAUUUUUUUUGUGACGGACCCGUUGUGUGUAAAAGCAUGAUGCCUCUCGCACCGACCCCUGUGGUGGCGGUGCCAUCGAAGCCGAAGAUAGGAUUUAGUAUAGACAGUAUAGUGGGUGGUUCGGAGCGGCCGAAGCAGGCAUCGCCGCCGCUGGCGAGUCCUGGGUCUCCGUCGCCGGUCGCGUCUCCGAGGAGUCCAUCGCCGAGACCAUUGUUGAGGCCGAGUGCACUGCCGGCGGUGUUUCCUUCUCCGGAGUUGAAGAGGUUGCCGUACUUGGACGCUCAGAGCCAUCACCACCAGUUUCUGGCGCACUUCCAAGGGGCUGCGCUGGCCGCGGCGCUGGCUCAUCAGCAGCAGGGCUUCGGAGGACCUCUGCCGCCGCACCCGCCCCCUCACCCCGCGCCGCCGGUGCCCCGGGAGUCCUACACGCUGUACCCCUGGCUCAUCAACAGGCACGGCAGGAUAUUCCCACACAGGUUUCCUGGAGGACCCGACAUCCCCGGCUUCCUACUCCAGCCGUUCCGCAAGCCCAAGCGGAUCAGAACAGCGUUCUCACCAUCACAGCUUUUGAAAUUAGAACACGCCUUCGAGAAGAACCAUUACGUGGUCGGCGCGGAGAGAAAACAGCUCGCUCAAGCGUUGAGCCUCACAGAGACACAGGUAAAAGUUUGGUUCCAAAAUAGAAGAACGAAACACAAACGAAUGCAGCAAGAGGAGGAAGCGAAGACUGGAGGCAAGUCAGGCUCCUCAAACAUGAAGCCAGAUGACGGCAGCCAGCUCAACAACUCCUACGAAGAUGAUGAUGAAGAACUAAUUGAUAUGGACAUGGACGAACUCAGUGAAAGUGAAAAUGAAACGUAAGACAGUGGAAUAAGUGAUAAAAUCGUGUAAAUAUUAAUGUAAUCUAGAUGUUUAGAGUAUAGUUUUAUUUAUUUAUGAGUUUUAAGAGAUGUUAGCUGGCGGUGGUAGCCUUGUUUCGACUGACAAUGACUUUGGUUUGAAAAGCGAAUGUAAAAACGUUACGUUUGAAUUAGUGCAAGGAAUUCUAUGAUUGAUUAUACAUUUCGUCGUGAUUACAAUACGCAAUAAGUAACAAACCAACGCUUAGAAUUUGUCAUCAAUUAUCUUAAUUUAGACAAUUAAUUUAGGCAUUACCAUGACGCAAUCAAAUUUGCAAAUUUUAAUUAAAAUUUAUUUGAUUACUAAACCCCGUAUAUCAACAGGCAACGUGAUCAAUCUUCAAAAAGUGGGCGUUAGGUGGUGUUUGCAAUAAUUUAUAUCAAUUCCAAAGCCAUUAAAGCGGCCAUAUCAUUAAAUCAACUUUAUAAAACGGUUUCAAAAUGGCUCCCCGGGUCUUGUUAGCGUUACGGCUUAUUAGAUAACAAAAUUGGCCGUAUUAUAAUAGUUUUCGGGCUUAAAUUAAUUAAAAAUGGCUCUUUUUUGAUGUUCAUCCAGUGAUGUGGGUAUAAUUAGACAUUUUAGAUUUGAAAUGUUGAUAGGCAGGGUCCGUGGUUUCUCAACGAGCGCUGUCAACGUUAGACGGAGAUAACAAUACGGGCGUUACUGGAGAUAGAGGGAGAUAGGUGUAAGAUAGAGAUGAAGGCGAUUAUGGGUGCGUUCAGGUCCCUAUUAUUAAGAGAUGCGUUCGGAAACUAUCGCGUUCUCGAAUCGCGUUUCGUAAUUGCUCGCGACGUAACAAAAUUGUUUUGAAGUCGUCAACGAUUGUUCUCCGACGACUAUUUGUCUACGCGUUAGGAAUUUAAAGAUAGAGAUCUUUUUCUUGUUGAUGAUUCCUUUGACGCGUUGCUUAACUGUUUAGUUUGACUAACGACGUGUCCGGACUAUUGUUUUAAUGUGUCACAUUCUUUUUAUAUUUGUGAGCUCGUAUUUUUAUGGCCAUUAUCAAUUUAGAAGACCAGUUUUUAGUAUGGAGGUUGUUUUGAUUUCUCCGUGAGUCCGAAAAUAAAAAUGAAUUCACACUAAUGGCGAGCGUUCGGCCAUUUUAUGGCGAAUUAUAGUUGAAUGCUAAAAUUUUAACGGUCAAUUAAUCGAUUAGCAACUAAGAUUUUGCUUAAUUAAACUCGAAUAGGUACUGAAAAAGUUGGUCUUACUACGGUUUGUCCGUUGAAAAUUGUUUUAUUUUUUUUCUGUCUAAAGUUUAAUGCGUACUUUCUUGAUUGAAAAGGCGUUAUUCUCAUUGCUUUGUUUACUAUGUUCUUUCACUAGGCUGUAGCCUUUAAACCCGGGUUUAAGCGAGCGAUUAUAAGGCUAAUUUGUAUUUUCCUUUCCGUCUUUUGUUCAUAUGAUUUACGAUUACCAGUAUCGAGUUCUCGCCGAAUCGAUUUACCGAGUGAAUCGGUUUUAAAAACAAACUAUUUUGUUUUUGUUCGGUACCCGUGUGGUUAUGCCAUGUUGGUACAAAAUGUAGUUUUGAAAACAUGUAGCGGCAAUAUAUUUUUAAUUGCAUGACGUCGUGGGAAAAUAUAUUUGCAAACUGUGAAGUUAAUAAGACGAGAUUAGACUAUUUACAUUGGCAGUAAAGAUGUUAAAAUGCUAAAUAUUAUUUUAAAAUUCUUAAUCACAGUUUCAAAUAUUCACAAUAAAAAGAUUGUCUGUCGAAAUUCUCGCGCCUAAUAAAAAUCGAGAAUCGGAAUGCGCUAACUACCACACUAUCCGAAUCAAACGCGAUCGAAGAAAAAAGAAGAAAAAAAAAACGCAGGCAAAGAACCAAAGCGUUUGGCUCCACGCCAUUCGUAAUUUGAAAUCUAGAUUCCAUUUUCAGCUCAAUUAACUCUUAGUCGAUUUUAAUUAUCGUUUUUAUUCAUUAAGUGUUUGCGAUUAGCGGCCAUGUCGAUAUUUUACGAUGUAUUCUUUCGUAAAAGUUCGUUUUUAAUUACAUUCGCAUUGAUUGCUUUUAAUUCGCUGAUUAUGUGACAUUAUAAGGUUUAUUGGAGUCAUUGGAUGUUGAGAUAAGGCUGUUCGAUAUUUGAAUUGACUUUGACAUCUGAAUUUUGAGUGAUGCUCAUUGUUUUACGAAGAAUGAAAUUGAUCUAGAUGUUGUAAAAUUGGACUGAUUUCAACAAAAAAAUAACUGAAUGUCAAAAUUAAUGCUUGUUUGAACUUAUUUACAUAUGUACUUAUUUUGAUUUGAAAAUUUUAAAUGUUUAUUAUUUAUGUUAUAUCAAGAAAUAUUUGACUGCUUUGUUGAAAUCGGUCCUUAUAACCUAUAGCUCAAAAUUGAAUAGCAAUAUACAAGAAAAUAAAACAUAUUACAUACUAUAAAGUUAACGAUUCGCUCAAAUAUAGUAGUUUUAUUAAGCCAGUUCCUUUAGAGUAAUAUGUUAUGUGAAUAAAAAUGUCUAACGAUUUAAUGCAGUAUUAUAAUGAUUGUACCUCCUUGGUGAAGUGGAACCAGACUUGUGACGUCACUUGGCACGCCAGAAUGUAACGCAGGAAGCCGAUAAGAUUUUGAAAGAAAACUCCCUUCGAAUUAUUUAAAUCAUAUUAGCAUAUGGAUUUUGAUUUGAUGAUGCAUUUCUUUGGUUUGUAUCACGUUUCAUCUCAGUGAAUAGUUACAAACUCUGAAAGUGUAAUUUUUACAAAAUUGAUCCAGUUCUGCAUGUUUAUAUAAAGUAGCAAAAUUCUCGUUUAAGCUACAAUAGUUUUCGACAAAGCGUAUGGUCGAGCACAAUAGUGAAUUCAAUAAACGUAAAAUAGAAAACCCAUUUUAAAAUUAUUAUGAAACAAUGAAACUGGCCAUUAAUAUUCGCAAACUAUUGUAUCUUGUAAGAGAAUUACAGAAAAUUAAAACCUAUUAUAUUACACGAUCCUAUUAUCCAAAGGUAACAACAUUUGUCGGCAUUCAGUCAACAAAAACCUUGUUUUACAGUAAUUCAGAAAUAUUUUAACGUUUAACAGUAGCUCGUGCCUGCCCCCGGCUUUGCCCGUUUACAACUAUACAUUUUUUAACCACAAAGACCGAUGAACGAGGUCAGUCAUUCACUCACUCUCACGGAAUCAUUCAAAAGGUUCGUUGACAGAUGGUGCAACGAGAAAAUUGAUCGAAAUAUUUUAUGUAUUGUAAGAAAAAUUUAAAAAGGAUACAGAAAAUUGUAAAUAAUAACUAUUUAUUUCUUACUUUGUACUUAAUAAGGAACUUAUGUGUAGAGUUGAGCGCAUAUGGGCAAGUUUAACUUAAGCAAGCUAUAAUCUUUUGUUGAAAUAACUGUUUUUCGCGGUUACCAUUUUGAAAUGGUUUCAAUGAUUCUGGUUCAGUUUAUAACUAUGGGUGUAUUUCUCCAAUGACCACUUGUUACAAUAUAUUAUAUCUUUUAUAAUAAUGCUCUCCUUUGCUAACGUAAAAUUAAUUUCAGCCAUUAUUUAUAAAAUUCUUACUGUUACCUAUUUAUGGGAAUUUACAAGGCGUUUAUAAAUACAUUUAUUAAAUAAACGUCCCCCAUUUGCGCUCAACUCAAAAUACAUGAAUCUAUAAUUAAAAAAAUGUUCCUUUCCUUGGAUAAUGCCACUGAAACAGUCUUGUAAAUAUUUAAUUAACUUUAAUAAUAUCUUAGGCUAGUUGUACAUUAUCUCUAUUUAAAUAAAUACAUAGUAAAACUGUACAUAUGUGUGUCUAGAUGUAACGGAAUACAGUUUAAGUGUAUUUGUGUGUAUAUCGAGUAACUUCUCUUCCCGACUGUACUCAGCAAUGUUUCGUUUUAACUCAGUACGAAGAUGUAGUAAUUUAAAUCAACGAGUGAUAUAUAAAAUAUAUGUUUUUACUCAUUUA